AUGAAGAGGCUCUCAACAUUUCUGGUAUCUGCCAGUCUACCUUCGGGUUUGGCUGCUAUAUUUGGCCUCGACAUCCAGAAGGAGCAUAACUUCUUCUUCCAUCCAGGUCGCUCUGAGAUAGUCAUUGACCAGCCCCAAUGCCAACAUAUCUAUGAGCCACCUGUCGACAAACUCAAGGUCUCCCAUGCACUAUUAACCCCUUGCACUGCAUCAUUGGAUCUAUGUACCAACCCAAUUAGAAUCGCCGACACUAAGUCGUUUUUUAUCGAAGUUAGUGCCGAUGAUGAUGACCCUACGAGGAAGGUUUUUACUGUGGAUAUUAAAAGUGAGGCAAUGCCAGCGGUGGGACAGAAGAAGCGGAGAACCCGUAAGCAGCACCCGCUCAACAAGCCCGACCCUGCAGACCCUGGGCUGUAUGAGGAAACCAAGCAGAGGUUAACCAACCUCGUUGAUACUGGACGCCUGGCACUCACAGUGGAGGAUGGAGACUAUGGUUACCUGGCUACUACAUACUACGGGGUUAGAGGAGCAAAAAGGGCACGACCAGUCUUCCCCUUAACAUUGCUGAAUGCCGCCAUUAAGCCCUUGUUGGUUGAUUGCCCUUCACUGCAAGAGUCACUCCCGACGGGAGUCUCCCGUCUAUUUUGGAUGCAAGCAGAGGUCUUGCUAGGUUAA